UAGAGUACAGAGCGUACAGUUACCAAAGUGCAAUUUUAAUUUUCGUCGUUCAAACCAGGGACAGCGUAGAAACUAUUAUUAUCAAUUUUCCCGGGAGAAUCGUGACCGUCACCGUUGGUAUCAUGCAGAUAAUCUCGCAUUUCCUUAUCGCAGCGCUAGUGGGCGCAGUCCAUUGUGCCAUUCCCGCAUUUCUUCCACCCCCUCCGUCACCUCCGCCUUCACGUAGCCCGGACCCCGGAAGCACCGGUAACGUUUACGGCAGCGGUGCCGUCUCGCACGGCCAAAUGCAGUUGAACAGCCAAACCCAAUCCGGUUUCCCCAACGGCCUCCCCUCCACCUACAGCCAGUCGAUGAACAACGGCACCGGCACCUCCCUGUCCAUCAGCGGACAGGCCAACAGCGGGGUAACCAUCAGUCCCGUUGCCGACACCCGGCCGCCGGUGUUCAGCGGGAACAGCGGCGCCAACUCCAACGGGAAUGCCGCCACCGGGGUCCUCACUAAUAACGACCAGAGCCACGGGGACAACACCAACGGCAUGAGUCUGAUGGGCACCUCCCAGAUCACCGCCAACGGGACGGGGGUUAGUGUCAGUAACAGCGUUAACUCGGCGGCGGCGCAAUACCCGUUGACGACGACUACGCCCUGGACGACGACGCCCUGCCGACCGCUGCCGUGCCCGUCGGGAUGUCCGUUUGAUUCGUUUUCGUGCUCGUGUAUUUGUUAUGAUCCGAUAAUUGCGAGUAGCGGAAAAGUGGCGCCGGCUGCGCAAAAGCGACUGCUGCGCAACCGGGACCAUAAUGUCGGUGCGGGGCAGCGGACCGCGCAAAGGUCAAGAAAUGUGCAAAGCAUCGCUAAUCAGAAUCUGAAUGCACGACGCCGCUCAUAGAUUGUUGAAUUUCCUCGUAAUUCGUUAUUCAUCAAA